GUUGAAGCCACGUAGCAGGUUUUGUUACAAAAGUACAUUAGAUCACUCUCGUCAAAGCAGAGUAGUUUAUAUAAAGGAAAGGUUUCACAAAGAUUUGCUUGAAAGUUAAGGAUACAACAGCAGAGUCAAUCGAUAGUUAGCGUGACCACAAAUCGAAGAAAUUGAUCAAAGAACAGUUAACACAAGAAUUAAAGCGGAAUCCGUCCAAGUUUCGGCAACAGCCUGUCUUAAUCAAUAGUUAAACGGCAGCAAUAAUAGGAAAGCGGCAAUGUUGGUCUACAUCGGGCACAUUUCGAAAAGCAGCCGCCAAACAACCUUAGAAAAAGCAACUUUUUCCACUUCGUGCUUGCCCUGUACGACAGACAAGGGCAGCCGGUGGAAAUUGAGCGAAGUGCUUUCGUAGGAUUUGUGGAAAACGAAACCGAGAUCGCCGGCGAAAAAACAAACAACGGGAUCCAGUACAGACUCCAAUUGCUUUACCAUAGCGGCGUACGGACAGAACAAGAUGUAUUCGUCCGUCUUAUCGACUCUGCAACCAAACAGUCAAUUACGUACGAAGGACAAGAUAAAAACCCAGAAAUGCGACGGGUUUUGCUCACUCAUGAGAUCAUGUGCAGCCGCUGCUGUGACAAGAAGAGUUGCGGGAACAGAAACGAAACUCCAUCCGACCCAGUGGUGAUUGACAGAUACUUCUUAAAAUUCUUUCUCAAGUGCAACCAAAACUGUUUAAAGAAUGCUGGAAAUCCACGAGACAUGCGAAGAUUUCAGGUUGUGGUCUCAACAACUGUGCAUGUUGACGGUCAUGUUUUAGCUGUGUCUGACAACAUGUUCGUGCACAACAACUCGAAACAUGGACGUCGAGCGAGAAGGGUCGACCCAUCAGAAGCUUCGCCAACUAUCAAAGCAAUCAACCCAGCUGAGGGUUGGACAACAGGUGGAGCAACAGUUGUUAUAGUUGGAGAAAAUUUCUUUGACGGGCUUCAAGUUGUGUUUGGUUCAAUGGUUGUGUGGAGUGAGUUGAUCACCCAACACGCAAUCAGAGUACAGACUCCACCGCGCCAUCUACCGGGCGUGGUAGAAGUGACUCUGUCUUACAAAAAUAAACAAUUCUGCAGUGGUGCUCCAGGACGCUUUGUAUACACAGCGCUCAACGAACCGACACUUGAUUAUGGAUUCCAGCGAUUACUGAAGACUGUGCCAAGACACCCAGGCGACCCUGAGAGGCUACCGAAGGAGAUUAUUCUAAAACGAGCUGCUGACGUCAUGGAAGCGGUGAUCAGUCGGCAGUACGCCCCGCCAAGCCAAAUGCCCCCGUCAGCCGGGAUCACGCCUCCCGCGCCCCACCUAGCGGCCGCACCGUGCGCGCCACCUGGCAGUUUCGUUCCGCAAUCGGCUAGCGCUGCCAUGGCCGUGGCAAUGAACGGUUACGCUGCUGCAGCGGUUUCUUCACAAUUUGGCGGAACACCCGAUCGGUUCGACACCGGAAGUGAUUCAGGUUACUCACGAGGUAACAGCGUUUCUCCCCGCAACGGAUAUUCCCCCCAGACGACACCGCAUAGCUUGAACAGUGGCUCAAUUGGUAGCAUGGUGGGGCUCACAACUGUAGGCGCAGUUCCGGCCCCAGCCCCCUACCACUGCGCACCAUCCUUCAACAGUUAUUCCAGCGCUUCAGGUCCCACAUUCACGAACAUGAACAACACGUCUCCUGGCCUUUUUUCUGGAUCUGGGAUAAUUCCACCUUCGCCCCACAACGGUAUGAACCCACUUCCGUCUUCGGGGACCACACCGGGAAUAUUUAGUUUUUCACCUGCAAACAUGAUAUCAGCCGCAAAGCAGAAGAGCGCAUUUGCCCCUGUACAUCGUCCACACAACUCGCCCAGUCCUCUAGCGCCGUCUAACGGAAAUAUCGCACUAAACGGCUAUAGCUAGAGCACCGCUGACUUUGACAACCGCUCGAUGGCGACAGAGAACAUUUUUACAGUCAAUCACGUGACAGCUACGUAGAUGACGAGUUCCAAUCCAUUUCUUUUGACUUUUUUUCUUGUUUUUACAAAUUUUGUACAAAACUUUUUAUUUCUUAGAGCGUCCCUUAAGCAAGGUGAAAUGAUAAUCCAGUUUUAGUGUUUGAACGUUUUAUAGUACCGUUGUAAUACGAAUCUUUGCAGACGGCGUGUUUUUGCCACAUUUUCUCCCGUAUUUAUGUUGUUUUAUUGCUUUUUGUUGUUUUUUGAAUUUCAGUGUCAAUCCUUUUGGUUAAUCGUGGAGUGACGUAACUUGUAUUUAUGACGUCAUAAACGAGUCACAACGG